UAGCCCGGGUGCGUUUGUGUAAUUAUAUUUAGCCCGCACCACGGCUCUUGAACGUUAACCAGGUCCACUUUUCUCUGGUGGCACAACUCCAAUAGGCUCAGAUGCACACCCAUCCUUUUACCUACGUUGGCCCAAACUACGUCGAGGCAUUCCCGCUGCAUAUUGCCGAGCGAGUAUUUCGUCAUAUCGAUCGAUGGGUUGCUUCCAAGUCUAUUACAUCAGCGGGGCAAAUUUCGGCAGCCGCUGCGUCUUCCUCCAUUUCGGCUGCCCAAACGAUUUCGUCGUGCACAUGUUCCUGUUCAGCCUGCAGGAAGUUGCGGAUGUCCGCCCCUGCCGCCUCGCAUGGCCGCGCUCUUUUAUUUGAAAUGCUCGAUCGGGAGCUCGAGCGACGUAUUUCGCAAUAUCCCUGGCAACCGUCGUGGUGGUGUGUAAUUUUGCGUGAUUUUUCAACCUUCCGCGCACGUUUCGACACUCCAAAAAGCUGA